ACUGGCAUUCCUCCAGUGAGAGGUAAAUAGUAAAUUACUAAAAGUGGGAGGAUAAGAGGGCAGUCUUAAAUAUCUCUUGAAAAGCAGGUCAGAAAUAGACAGAAGGGUCUCGUUUUUCCUUUGGGACAGUAGAGACAGGUUGGAAUCCCACCCACCCAAACACAUACACACUUUGGAUCUUACCAUAGUCCUCACUCCCGUAUCAAAUGGCAGACAAUGACACGAAGGACCCUCCUCCUCCAUACUCUUCUGUGACACUGGAUUCACCUCCCCCUUUCAUGGCCUAUGAGCAGGUGGUUUAUAAUAGCAAAUAUGAUGUCACCCAGAAAACAGUACCAUACUAUGUUCAAAAGGAUCCAGCAAAAGUAGCAGCCAUUAUUGUCACACAGCACAAUGUCUUGCAUGCCAGUAGCAAGAAGCAGGGGUCUUGCGGACGGAGUGCCAAGUGUUAUGGUGGUUUGGCAGGUGCACUUUUGCUGUUGGUUCUUCUUGGAUUGGCCAUCUGGCUUGGAGUAUGUUAUGGGCCCAAGGCACAUUCAGUCCACUCUGACAGUAAUUGUAAGGGAAAUGAUUGCAACCACGAACAUGACAAUUCACAUGAACAAGAAGAUGACAAAGGGCAUCAUGGGGGAUUCAAUUCACCUGACACCUGCUCAAACUCCUCCAUACUGUGUGAUGCCAUCCAAGCCUGCCAACAGUCCAACGAUGAGACAAACUGCGUGAGGUUUGGUGACGGUGAAGUUUUGCAGGUCAAAACAGCUCAGGAUGGCCGAUUUCUCCCUGUGUGUUAUCAGGGCUUGGAUACCAGUUACGCAAAUCAGAUCUGUGCCCAGUUGGGAUUUAGAAGGUCCUAUGCAUCAAGUCCAGUGAAGAGCACAGAUUCUGUAGCCCUUAGUUUAAAACUUAGAACAGACAGUCUUAUUCAGGGUCUGGUCAAUGUCAGUUCGACCUGUGCGAAUGAGCAAGUAGUCUCCCUUCAGUGCACUGACUGUGGUAAGCAGCAGACAACCUCCAGGAUCAUAGGGGGCAGUGCUUCAAAGCUUGGCCAGUGGCCCUGGCAGGUUAGCCUGCAUUUUAAUGGAAGACACGUUUGUGGUGGGUCACUCAUCUCUCCAGACUUUGUCGUGUCAGCUGCCCAUUGCUUCCAAGGCACAAUGACAAAUACUGGAAGUUGGCGUGUUUAUGUUGGAACAAUUUCCCAGAAUUAUCUUCAGAUCUUCUCCAAUGUGAAGAAGAUUAUAGUAAAUGAGAAUUACAAUGGUCGCAGCAAUGACAAUGACAUUACCUUGCUGAAACUCGACAAGCCUGUGGACUUCUCUGAUACUGUGCAGCCUGUUUGUCUUCCUGGCUUUGAUCAGAACUUUUCUGAAACAUCAGAGUGCUGGACAUCUGGCUUUGGGACAACAGAAGAAGGAGGAGACCAUGCCUCUACAAAUCUCAUGGGUGUGACAGUGAAUAUCAUAGACUCGCGAGUUUGUAACAGCAGUCGGGUAUACAAUGGGGCCAUCUCCAAGAAUAUGUUGUGUUCUGGAGAUAUGAAUGGGGGCCGAGACUCCUGUCAGGGCGACAGUGGAGGUCCACUGGUGUGCAAGGGAGGUAAUGGACGCUGGUAUCUGGUAGGAAUUACGAGUUGGGGAGCAGGCUGUGGAGAAAGACUUAGACCAGGAGUAUAUAGCAAAGUGACCAGCCUUCUGCCCUGGAUCUACAGCACAAUGCAGCAAGAGAAGCCCUGAUGCCUCUCUUCCGCAUGGUGUGUCUAUCCCUGAGUCUUUGAACAAUGACAAUGGACACACAGAUGAACAAACUGAAAGCUUUGUGGUGGAUGGGACAUGAACGACAGAGUAAUGCACUUUGACAUGGGACCGUGUUGCAAUACUGUAGCCACAAUCGGAAACACAUAUAUAGACUUCAUUUGAUGAUGCUGUUCCUACAUUCUCCUUUGAACAUAUAUUAUAAGAUCAUACUACCUGGGACGGCAGAGUUUGGAAGGGGACCUUCCACUUCCCUUCUUUGGCUGUGCUUUCCAUUAGCUACCCUGAUUCUGAUCUUUGCACUUAUACUGUAAGUUCACAGCACACUGCUGAAUCUGAGCCUUUGCUGCCGCUUUAAAUUAACAGGAUCCUUGCACUGAUUUUUACUACAGAAGUUUAUUGGGAGUAUUGUUUAUGAGUUUGCUGCUCUCUACAACAAAUCUGUAUUUAAUAACCAAAAGGGUGUUAAUUUUUAUUUGAACAUUGGUGUCUAUGAAUUAAGGUGAAAUGUUAUGUAUGUGUUCAAGGGCGUAGAUUUGGCUUGAACAUUGG